AUGCCUCCUCUACGGCUUUCCCCAGCGCUACUUCGCGCGCGACCGCAAGCGAAUUACCAAUGUCUCCGCCGCAUCGCACCCUUCCGCCGCGCAUCAACCACACCACCGCAAAGCGACAUAAAGCCCGUCGUACCCUGGAAAACACCAACCAGCGUCUGGUCACCCGAGAACCUCAUACCCCCACCCAAAGAUGGCGAGAUACUACUUGAGCGCCGACCAAACCGCGCAUUACCACCAGUCCCACCCCUAAUAUCCCCGCAAAUCCUCAAAACGAUGCCUCUCUUCAUCCUCGCCAUGACCGCUUGCCUCUUCGCCUUCUUCAACUACCAAAAGCAAGAAUCCUCCGUCGUAACCGCAACCCUCUACGCGCUGCGCACAAACCCGCUUGUGCGCGAGCAGCUCGGCGACGAAAUCUAUUUUGCGAGUAAAUAUCCUUGGAUCAAGGGCGAGAUCAACCAGCUGCAUGGGCGCAUCGAGAUCAGCUUUUGGGUUAAAGGGACGAAGAGGGCGGGAGAGGUUAGGUUGACGUGCAGGAGGAGGGGCAGGGGUGGGCUGUAUUAUACCAAGGAGUAUAGUUUGACGUUGGAGGAUGGGACGAGGUUGGAGCUUUAUGAUCCACAGGGGAACGCUAUUGAUCCGUUUCAGGCGAUUGCUGUGGAGGAGUAG